CCUGCUUUUAGUUUUUCAUCACCGACGUUCUUUCGGCUAAUUUCGUCAACCGCUGGCAUUCGCAGCAACUUUCCUUCCUCACGUACAACUUUUGCUGCCCCACGGAUCCGAUCACCGCCGCCUCCACUGCCACCGCAAUGUCUCCGCGGUCGGGAACGCCGACGCCGGAGACCCGUCUUCUAAACAAAUUCCCCAGCCCCGACCUCUCCGGCAAGGUCGCCGUCUUCCAGUCUCUACAUUUCACAUCCCGCCAUGGCGCGCUCCUUAUUCUCACCGUCCUUUCACUGCAAAUCCUCCUUUUCCUUUCAACUCGAUCCAUCGCCGCUCGUCUCUUCGACUUUAGGCGCCCUUCCGUUGCCGUCGCUCCUGCCCCAGCUACGGAAGUCUCCUGCGACUCUGGUUUGAUUUACGUCUACGAAAUUCCUCCCAAGUUCAACAAAGAGUUGAUCAACGACUGCUCCGGUCUCAACCCAUGGAUUUCCCGUUGCGGUGCCAUCUCCAACGGAGGCUUCGGCCCCCCAGCCGCCGCCGCCGAUCUCGCGCGAAUCGUGCCGGAUUCCCUUCUAAAUUCCUGGUUCUCAACCGAUCAAUUCACCGCAGAGCUGAUUUUCCACCGACGCUUGCUCGCCCACCGUUGCCGAACCUUAAACCCCUACGCGGCAUCAGCUUUUUACAUACCCUUCUACGCCGGCCUUGCCGUAGGGAAACACCUAUGGUCUUCUACCUCUACCUCCGAAGAGCGCGACAGCACUUGCGCCGAUCUUCUCAGGUGGAUGGAUUCCCAAUUUCCGUGGAGGAAAUCAGGCGGCUGGGAUCAUUUCAUCACGCUCGGGCGCAUCACAUGGGACUUCCGGCGGUCCAACGACCGCGAUUGGGGUGGGAGCUUCCUUUAUAUGCAGGGAAUGGCGAAUGUGACUCGUCUUCUAAUCGAACGGAACCCAUGGGAUGAGCACGACGUGGGGAUUCCAUAUCCCAUAGGUUUCCACCCACGAAGCGCGGCUGAGGUGCGUGCUUGGCAGGCUUUUGUGAAGAACCGGCCCCGAUCGACGCUCAUUAGCUUCGCCGGAGCGGCGCGCGUGAGCGUCAAAGAUGAUUUUAGGGGUUUAUUAUUGUCGGAAUGCGCGGGGGCGGGAAGCGCGUGUCGAGCGGUUGAUUGCAGCGAGGGGCGGUGCGGAAACCGUAGCGCGGAGACGUUAAGCCUCUUUCUGGAUUCGGUAUUCUGCUUGCAGCCUAGAGGGGAUAGCUUCACGCGGCGAUCAAUGUUCGAUUGCAUGGUCGCCGGGGCGAUUCCGGUGAUCUUUUGGCGGCGGAGCGCCUACGAGCAGUACACGUGGUACUUGUCUGCUGAAGAAGAGGAGGCUGGGGAGUGGUCGGUGUUCAUCGAUAGGAGAGAGGUGAGGAGUGGAGCGGUCAGCGUGAGGGGGCUUUUGGAUGGGAUUGGCGAAGAGAAGGUUCGAAAGAUGAGGGAGAGGGUGGUGAGUUUGAUACCGAAGCUGGUGUAUGCAGGGGCGGAGAGAGGACUCGACGAGGGGAUGGAGGACGCCUUUGAAGUGGCGGUGCAAGGGGUGCUCCGGCGAUUUCAGGGAAAGCGCUACCGACGGUGAGGGUACAACUGUAAAGUUGCAUGAGAAAGUCCACAAGCAAGAGCAACCACGGGAUCAUCUUGCCUCACAAAGGUAAAUCCGUUUGCGGUCAGGAUGUCGAAUACUCAUGAAGCUACUUUGGAGUGGACGAAAUGGACGAUAUCAAUCUUCGCAUCUGUGAGAUCUAUUUAAAACAGCUCAACUUUUCCUUUAAAAUCCUUCCUCACCUUUAAAUUCUUAAUCCAAAUUUUGAAAAUUUAAAAUUGUUAUAAUUCAAAUCCAAAUGAUCAUUAAUCAACAAAAUAAUAAAGAAAUAAUAAAAUUGAAAUGAUUAAAAGUAAUUAAAAGAACAUGUGUAACUUUUCCAAGAUUGUAAACAUAUCAUUUUCACUAUCAAACUUAAUAAACGAAAUCAUUAACUUUUGAAAAUUCGACCAACUAGUUCAAAUCACUUUAAUAAGACAAACCAUAACAAAUUAAAUACACCAUGUGUGACCGCCAACUUUGUAAAGGAUAUGCUAAGUUAAAACUGGCUCUCUCCAAGCCCGAGAUGAAAUUAGAAACUCUUCUUAGAGAGAAGGAAGAGCUACAGAAGAAAUCCAAAGAAAACGCGAGGCUGCUCGCUUCCUCUCAAGCGUAGAUAAACUGGUUAUAGGAGGAGAAAGCUAAGCUACUCUAUGAGCUAAGGGAGAAAAAUUCACGUAAUUCCUCAUUAGAAAGCGAGUUAGCCGAUGUGAAGGGACGGCUAAAACCUUGAUGGAAGGGCUUGAAGAGCAUAAAAGAUCAGCGAGACUCCUAGUUGAACACUCUGUUGAGCAAAGGAAGAAGAUGGAAGACAAAGCUAAUACCUUGAAAAAUUUUAUAUGAUUUCUGAAGAAGUCGCAAGUUGAAUAAGGAGUUAAAAGAAAUAUUCACAAGCUUGAAGGAGCAACUUGUAGGAAGGAAAAUGCAAGAGGAGUUCCUUCAAGAAAUUAAACUGAUGUCUGAGUAUGAAGAGUUACUGGCAGAUCAUGAUUAGAGGACGAUCAAGCAAUGCUUAGUACUGAGGUGCAAAAAGAGAUCCUUCCUCCUGAUAGGGAUGAUUUGGAACGAUACACGCAGCUUCUUGGAUGAUCUGGUGAUGAAUAGUUGAUCGCGUUGCUCUUUCAAGAGAUCUAGUGUUUGCACAGACUUCCGUGAUGAAGUUCUCUUCAUUCGCUCAACUCUUGCUCCCCGAAGCUAAAGACAAUUAAGACCCACUGAGUAUUUAUGUCAUACUAUAUUGGAAUUACUGCUUCAAUUGCAUGUGACAAGAUGAAAGGAGUGUGUCCGGUAAAAGUGAAGGGUGUAGUUCGUAACGCCCAUAAUAAGAAGGGUAAUAUUUUAGCUCACUUUCAUUUUUGCCCUUUUAUAUUUUUUUCUUCGGUAAGCUGAGGAUCAAUUUUUUGGCAGCUUCUACUAGCUAUUUUUUUGGAUGGUGAACAGAAAUAUACUUGAGCUAUAUCUCUUGCGCAAA